CUGAUUCCCGUAUGUGUGCGUCACAGAGCUGACUGAAGUGGGAGUGAGUACUGUGGUAAGAAGAUCAUUCACAUGAACCUCGACACUACAGCUUGGUGAACGCACGUGAUUAGAAACAGAUUUGGACAAACGUGAAGAGAUGUGUUGUUAAUGCUUUCAUUCAAGAAACCCUAGAUAGAGUAAGUAAGAUCUAUUUUGAAUAAUGGAUGAAAUCAACAAAAGAACAAAAAAGGAAUUUGUAAGUGUUUGGGUUCGGGACCCAAGAAUACAAAAAGCAGACUCCUGGCAGUCCUAUGUCGAUUAUGAGAUUUGUGUCCAUACAAAUAGCAUGUGUUUCAGGAAGAAGACAUCCUGUGUUAGAAGAAGAUACAGAGAGUUUGUAUGGCUAAAGCAACGACUUCAAGAUAAUGCACUACUAAUAGAUGUACCUGUACUCCCUUCAAAAAACCCAUUCUUCAGUAUGAACAACACACAGCAUGUACAACAGAGGAUGAUAGGGCUGCAAGAGUUCCUGGAAAAAAUUUUACAGGAUACAUCCCUGCUGUCAGAUAGCAGACUGCACCUCUUUCUGCAGUCCAAGCUCAGCCCCACAAAGAUCGAGGCUUGUGUUUCUGGGCAGACCCAGUACACUGUUGCAGAAGCAAUACAGAGAUACGCUUGUGCUGACAGUCGAUUCCCUGUAGAAGAAAAACACGAAGAGAAAAGCCCCCUACGCAGAUUCUGACUUGGAAAGUUUAUCCUCCGUGGACAUGGCAGUGAUGACAGCGCCCCACAAGACUGCGAAACAAAAGUAAGAGAAGGGAAACUCUUUGGCCUGCUGUCGGCAUCUCCGCCCGAAGAACACAAAUCACAGCUCUGAAAUGACAAGACUCAAGAGAGCAGGAGGGAGGUUUUAUUCAGCUCCAGAUUCAGCAUUACAGACAAAAUCCAACCCUGUUUUUUAAUUCAUGUAUACUUGUGUCAUCAUGUGGAGUAUAUUCAUUUUAUAAUUGUGUUGUCACUCAAUGAAUCUACAUAAUUUGCACAAUAAGUAAUUAUUUGCAAAAAUCUCAAGUGACCUUAGUUUUUGUUUUUGGUUGAAAAAAGAGAAUCAUAAAUAGUAAUAAAAAAAAUAUGCCUUGCACUUGUUUACAAAUUUCUGUGGGUGACUCAAAUUAGCUUCAGGAAACUUCAGCCCAUUUAGUUUUUGGGCUAAGUGUGGCAAACAUAUAACACAAUUUCCUGCCAUGCCUGUAUUUUCAGGGGCUUAUUCUGGAUAUAAUUAAGCAGUUUCAAGUGAUGUUGGUCCUUUAGUACUAGUACAUUUGUAUGUCCAUUUAGGCACACUCUGCAAGAAAAAAUAUAUAUUGUGAAUUUCAGUGUAAUGGGAAAUAUUGUUUAUGUUUAGUACAGAAUAUGAUGACAAGUUAAGUUUUGUAUGGUAAAUAAAUUAUAUGUCUUUAAAAACAGGUAAGUUUUUCUAUUUUUUAACAAGUGGUGUUUUACUUGGUGCCUUUUAAAAGGUUUUGAAUUUUGCAUAUUAUGAAUAGAGGUACAUGUAAAAAGCAUAUUUUAUGUACAUUCCUCUGACAAAUAUGUCAUGCAUGUUCAAAAUUGUCAUCACCUGCACUUUAUCAAAUAUUGAAACAAAGUCCAAAACAAUGUGAAAAACAGGAAAUGGUUGGUCUAAUAAAAUGUGUUUUUUUUUUUUAAACAAAAGUUUUCUUUAAAACCAGUACAGAUGUCUUUGUAACUUAAAUGAAGGAAAGAUAUAUGUGUGGGUUCAGUUUUUGUUGUUUAAUCAAACUUUAUAUUGUUAAUAAAAAAUGUGUAAAGAAAUUAUUUAUGCCCCCCCCCCCCCCCUCCCCUUUUUAAUUUAUAAACAAACACACCCAGGUUAAAAUGUAAAGUAAUUCUUUGAUAUUUUUAAAAUGAUUAGAUUAUACACAAAGUUAAAGAUCCAAAAAGCCUGAAUUUUUACAGGAAACUUAGAUGUUUCUGCACCAGAAUAUAAUUUAUGAAGCAAAAUUAGUUAAUUCUAUAGGGUUUUCUUUUUGGACAAUAACGUCAAUGGUUAAAACACUGCAUUAAGACACAAGCGGCAAUUUGUUUCAAUUGUUUUAAUUAAUAGUGUAACCAAUUAAUCGUUUUAAAUGUAGCUAUUUUAAAAAAUAAUAAAUAAUCAAUUUCAUGGUUACA